CGUCACUGCGUGACCGAGUAAACGUCACGGCUAUCGAGGAGCCGGAGCCACGAGAGCUCGCGGAUCGAAAUCUAUCGAGGCGUCGAUGUUCGAGUUAUCGAAAUUUCGCGCGCCACGAAACCGCGAAAUUCGAACGACUCGAACGCGGAUUAGCCCUACAUCGAGAUCUUGGGUAGUUUCAUGCGAAUAUUGCGAAUGCCAAUUAAUUGAUCGUGUGUUAAUAAUGUAAUUAAGCGAUCGAGAGGUAUGUUAAUACUUUGCUCCGUGAUAAUGUCUUUUGGUGAAUGUUUAACUGCAAUGUUGGCUGCACUUUAUAUUCAAGCCUCGCUGGGGCGCGAGAAACGCUGAGCUUGCCGGUAAACAUUAAAGGGACUUCCGUGACAGCUGAUUAGGCUUUCUUCACGCUGAAGGAUUACUUUUAAAGAGUCAUAAUGAAACACUCUAAAGUGAGUAACGUGGUGUAUAUUUUAGACAACGGCGCCUAUACUGCGAAAGUCGGUCUGUCGUCGGAUGCCCCGAAAAUCGUUCCUAACUGCAUAAUGAAAGCGAAGAGUGAAAGGCGGCGACCGUUCAUUGGCAACCAAAUAGAGGAGUGUCGGGAUGCAUCCGGCCUGUUCUACAUUCUUCCGUUUCAAAAGGGGUAUCUGAUCAAUUGGGAUAUUCAGAAAACCGUCUGGGACCACAUAUUUUCAAAAGAAUGCUGCCCCGCAAACCUCAGCCAGAUGCCGAUGAUCGUAACCGAACCACUAUUUAAUUUUACCGCGAUCCAAGAAGCUAUGACGGAGAUUUUCUUCGAGGAAUACGAUUGCCAGAGUCUUUUGAGGAUCAAUGCCACUAGUUUAUCAUGUUAUCACUAUAGAAGUCAAAAUCCAAAUUCCAAAUGUUGUAUAGUGGUAGACAGUGGAUAUAGCUUCACACAUAUCGUACCAUAUGUUAAUGGAACAAAAGUUAAAGAAGGUAUUAGAAGAAUCGACGUUGGAGGCAAAUUAUUAACAAAUCACCUUAAAGAGAUAAUAUCUUAUCGCCAGUUACAUGUGAUGGACGAGACAUAUGUUAUCAACCAGGUUAAGGAAGAUGCAUGCUUCGUAUCGCAAGAUUUCUUUGAAGACAUGAAACGUGCAAGAAACAAGCCAGAAUCGAAUCCGAUAGUGAAGGACUACGUCCUACCAGAUUAUACAACUUUAAGGCGAGGAUUCCUUAAAGAUGUCGAACCACCAAAUGAGCAACAAACCUUACGUUUAAAUAACGAAAGGUUUGCGAUCCCUGAAAUACUUUUUCACCCUUCCGAUGUGGGCAUUCGUCAAAUGGGUAUUCCAGAAGCUAUAAUUGACAGUUUAAAAACAUGCGACGAAGCUACUUGGCCACAUUUACUUGGUAACAUUGUUCUUACGGGAGGCAAUGCAAAGUUCUCUGGCUUUCGUGAGAGGAUCAUAAAGGAAGUGAGAAGUCUUGCACCUUCCGAAUACACAGUUAAUGUUGUACUUCCAAAUGAUCCAGUUACGUAUGCAUGGGAAGGAGGAAAAUUGCUUUCCAAAGAUUCGAGCUUUCGGACUCUAGUGGUGACAAGAGAAGAGUAUGAUGAAGAAGGUCAAGGGAUUUGUGCUGACCGUUUUGAUGUUUAGCGUAAAGUACUUAAUUUAAUGUAUCUUAUUUAAUUUGUCAUGUUUUAAGCAUUUUGGAACUGAAUGAGUAAUUCAUUUCAUAAAAAUUUCCAAAAGUUAUUAAGACUCAUGACUUUUUAUUAUUAUUCCAAAGAGAAUAAUCAUGAUCACAUUGUAUCCUUACUUAUUCCUUUGAGAUUUUCAGAUUUUCGAAAAUACAAUGACAUAAAGCUUUA